GAGUCCUGCAGGAGCCAUAAGCUGCUGAUUCCUAGAAGGCUGCAUAGAGUGCUGUGUGCUCUCCAUCCCAUCUCCUGCCUGGAGUGUGGCCCUGGGAGAAGGUUCAACCUCUGCAUCCAGUCAAGUUGUCUUAGUGAGGACAAUGUCAGAGGAUUCUCAAAGAAACUUCCGCUCUGUCUACUAUGAGAAAGUUGGUUUUCGUGGUGUUGAAGAAAAGAAAUCUUUGGAGAUCUUAUUAAAGGAUGACCGUUUGGAUAUUGAAAAGCUUUGUACUUUCAGUCAGAGGUUUCCUCUUCCAUCCAUGUACCGAACUCUUGUCUGGAAGGUACUUCUAGGGAUCCUGCCCCAAUAUCAGGAAACUCAUUCAGUAGUUAUGGUGCACAGGAGGGAACAGUACCAUGAUGUGCACAAUGCCCUAGAAGUUAUACGCUUCAUUGAUGAGUCAACACCUAAAAGCGAGGUCUUCCUGCACAUGUAUCAUUUGGAGAUGGGAAAUCUGUCUCACAGUCAGGCCUAUCCUCUGGAGUCAGAAGAUGAGUUAUUUCUAGCUAUAGCCAGCGCUAUGGAAGAUAUGAUAGAUGAUGAUGUGGACUGCUAUUGGCUUAUCAAAAGCUUUGUUAGUCACAUAGAGUCAAAGUUUAGAGAUUCCCAUAUUCAGAUGCAAAAAUCAUUUGAGCACUACUUAAAUCUAGAAGAUAACAGACUUGUAACACAUCUAAAGACAGGAAACACAUUAGACAAACUUCCUUAUGAUCUGUGGUUCAAGAAGUGCUUUGCAGGCUGUUUACCUGCCUCCAGUCUACAAAGAGUAUGGGACAAACUUGUGAGUGGAUCGUGUAAAAUUCUUGUGUUUGUUGCAGUGGAGAUUCUACUUACUUUUAAGAUGAAAAUAAUGGCAUUGAAUAAUGCCGAUAGUUUAAGUAAAUUUCUGGAAAAGAUUCCUGAAGACAACACUGAUGCAAUAGUGAGCAAAGCAAUAGAUUUAUGGCACAAGCACUGUGGGGUACCUGCCCAUUCUGUAUGAACCUAUGCAAAGAAUAAUUGCUGACGUGAUUAGAAAUUGUCCUAUAUUUCUUUUUAUUCAUUACUUUUUUUUCUUUCUUAUUUAAAACCGUACCUAUGAAGCAAUUUGUACAUGAAACGUUAAUGAUUCAAUUUAUUGGAUCAAUCAAACUAAUUUUGCCCAAUGAUGGUGGAUAUGUAUCCUCAUUACUUUACUCACAAUGUUUUUUUUUUCUAGUGAACUAUAAAAAAAGAUUGAGGUUUUCAUGUCAUCUGUCAUCUGGAAUUCAAAGGGAUGAAAGAUUAAAUAUUUUGCUAUUCAGAGCCUGUCGUUGUCAGUCUGUACUGAAUUGCCAUUGAUAGUGUAAAAGUAUGCAUUCUACAA